UUCUCGGUGAGGCUGCAACAAAAGGAUUGGGAGAAGUUAGCAACAUGAGAUUUUUUAGCCGCUUUUUGUGUCGUCUUCGUCACAAGUUGUGCGUUAAUUGAUGUUAGGAUGAACUCGUCUCGGUGAACGUUGACAAGUCUCAUGUUGCUACAUGUUAGCAACACGUUGCUAAUAGCAACGGUGAGAAAAUGAGUUCAAUACAAAACUGCUGCUGUGCAAGAAAUAUUUGUAGUGUUGGAAAGAACGAAAGCAGAAUAGGAGGAGGAAGAAAAUAUCAACGUCAACUGCACAGAGAACAGCCGGCAAAAAUGCCGGGCGUUGUUGAGAUCAGACCUGCUGACAGUCCCCAUCACCUUGACCAGGAGGAGCCACAGCCCCCCCACAUUAAAGAAGAAGAGGAUGAUUACAGCGUCAGCCAGAAGGGGGAACAUCCUGAAGAACUGGAGGAGUUCCCGGUGACUUGCGUUGUGGUGAAGAGUGAAGAAGAUGAGGUCAGAGGUGAAGGUGAGGAGAAGAAGAGAGGGGCGGAGCCUCCAAGCAGCAGCUGGACUCGACACAUGACAAGAGAAGGUGAUGGUGGAGGAUCACAAGCCGACUUAGCUCCACUUCCAGAGAGCGACGAGACGACGUCUCACUCUGCUGACACUGACGAUGAUGAAGACUCUAAAGCUGACAACACUCGCUGGAAAUGCUCUCAGUGUGACAAAACUUUUGGCCAUAAAAAGAAUCUGAAAAGACACGCGAGAUACCACACAGGUGAGAAACCUUUUAUCUGCUCAUUCUGCUGCCAAGGAUUCUAUGAAAAGGCACAUUUGGUCACGCACACAAGAAUACACACUGGAGAGAAACCGUUCUCAUGCACAGUCUGCAAGCGGAUAUUCUGCGAUCGGUCAGCGUGGGUCGUGCACCAGAGAACGCACACGGGAGAGAAACCUUUUGCCUGCCCAAUUUGCGAGAAAAGGUUCCCUCGCCGGGAGAACCUGAGGACACACACGAGAACGCACACCGGAGAGAAACCUUUCACCUGCUUAGUCUGCAAAACGAGCUUCACCGUUCGUUCAACGUUGGUCCAACACAUGAGAACGCACACCGGGGAGAAACCUUUUGCCUGCUCCGUGUGCGGAGUGAGAUUCUCUCAAAAUACCCAUUUAAAAAGGCACUUGAGAACGCACACUGGGGAGAGACCUUUUACUUGCUCGGUCUGCAAUCAAAGCUUCUCUGUAAAAGCAAGUCUAAUGUCGCACAUAAGAACACACAUUUGACAGAGAGGACGUGUCGUUGGCAUGGUGACCAUAGGCUGCUAUGAUGCUUAAAAUAGACUACCGUAUUUUCCGCACCAUAAGCCGCCCUGGGUUAUAAGCCGCGCCUUCAAUGAACAGCAUAUUUCAAAACUUUGUCCACCUAUAAGCCGCCCCGUGUUAUAAGCCGCAUCUAACUGCGCUAAAG